AUGUCCGAGCUUACAGCCCAGUCGCGGCUGCUGCUGCUCAUGUCGGCAGGCGCCCCUGGCAGUGGCCCAGUGGCGUCUGCCAGCGGCAGUGGCUGGCUAACAGCUGCCCAGUUUGCGUCGGGCGGCGUGGCCGCCGCCCACGGCGCCUUGGGCGCCGCCGCCACCGCGCCUGACGGGGCGUCCGCUCGCAGCAGCGGCGACGGCGCCUGCGCCGGCUCUGGCGCCGGCGGCGUGGGCGCAAGCGAGGCCUCGAGUGGCUCCCAGAGUCAGCGCCACGCCCCAGCGUGGCAACUCAGCGGCUCGAAGCGGUGCCUGCCGCUGGCCCCGCCCUCUGCGCAGCCGCCCAACCAGCAGCCAAGGCUUGCGCAGGGGGGCGCGGCAGCGGCGGACGGGUCCGGGCCGGAGGCGGCGGCUGUGCCGGGCACCGGCACGGGCGUGGUCCAGGCUGUAGCGGGGCAGCGGCGGCGGGUGUGGUCGGCAGCGGCGAUGCUGGAGGCGGCAGAGCAGACCAACCGUGCGUACAGGCGCACGCCGCACUCACGCCCGAAGCCCGCCGCCGGCACUUUCGCGCAAGGGGCGCGCAACCAACCGCGCCCGGCUGCAGGCGCGCGCCACCAGGCGCUGGCGGGGCCGAAGCUUCCCGCGCAUGCCACCUCAUUCCCAGAUGCAACCGUCCCCCCUGCCUCAGCCGCUGCGGCGGUGCCGGCCGUAGACGGGCUCGCCGCCUUUGAUGCGUGGGAACCUGCGGCGCGUCUGGCUGCCAUAGAAGCCCUGGCCAGCCGCGAGUGCACCGCACGCGCCGGGCAGCCGCGCGUCCAAGCCGCGCUGGCGGGCGUGUGCGGCGUGCUCGCCGCGCUCCGCGCCGAGCCGCCAGACGCGGCGCCCGCGCUUAUGCCCGCGCCCGCGGCUGGCGGCUGCGAGGGGGGCCUGCAGGCGGACGAGUGCGCGCUGCUGGCGCAGCUGGCAGAGGUGGUCGCGAGGGCCAGGCUGCUCUCGGCUGCUGCGGCUGCCACGCAGCCCUAG